AUGUGCUAUCUCACAUUCUUGAAAAUCUCCGCCAGCGGAAUGUGGGUCGAAACCCCAUGGGGUGGAUUGCCCGCCUCGUCAACCCUGGAUGAGCUGCAUCUAUCGAGAAUUCGUGCAGAUGUGCGCAAACUUGAAAAAAAGUACCUAGAAAUGGAAUUGUGGCUAUUGAGUCGAGGCUAG